CGCACGGCCCUCCCGCGGGCGGGGGAAGAGUGGAGCGGUCGGAGCCGCCCCGCCCCGCCGGCUAGGUUGCGCGUGCUCCGUGCGACCGCCAAGAUGGUGGUGGGCGCGUUCCCGAUGGCGAAGCUGCUCUACUUGGGCAUCCGGCAGGUCAGUAAGCCGCUUGCCAACCGAAUUAAGGCGGCCGCUCGCCGCAGCGAGUUCUUCAAGACCUACAUCUGCCUUCCGCCGGCUCAGCUGUACCACUGGGUGGAGAUGCGGACCAAGAUGCGCAUCAUGGGCUUCCGCGGCACGGCCAUCAAACCGCUGAACGAGGAGGCGGCGGCCGAGCUGGGCGCCGAGCUGCUGGGCGAGGCCACCAUCUUCGUGGUGGGCGGCGGCUGCCUGGUGCUGGAGUACUGGCGCCAGCAGACGCAGCAGCACCGCAAGGAGGAGGAGCGGCUGGCGGCCUGGGAGGCGCUGCGGGUGGAGGUGGGCCGCCUGGGGCUGGCGCUGGAGACGCUGCAGGCGCAGGCGCGGGAGGCGGCGCCGCGGGCCGCGCUGGACGAGCUGCGGGCCGAGCUACGGGAGGUGCAAGCCCACCUCGGCCACGCCCACCAAGACCGCGCCCUCCCCGCCGCCCCACCCCACACCGGGACGGAGAAGUAGGAGCCAGACUUGGGUGUGGCCGGUGAGCCCCAGGGCCACUCUCUUCCUCCACAUCCCUGGCUGCGGAUCCCAUCAGAAUCCACUGGAUGAGGAUGCACCUGAGCCUUCGAACAUCCCACGAUCCCUACGGACCGGGACUGCCUCCCCUGGGACCAUCGCCGCCGGUGGAGUCAUCCUGCGCUCAUGCCCUUGAGCUGAGGCCCACAGUGUUCAUCCCCCCCCCCCCCCAGUUCA